GUGUCAUGAAAUGGAGAUGCAGACAGAAGCAAGUCCAGGUAUGGCAGUUUAAUUAAACAAGUACGAAGGAUUAGGCAGAAGUCAAUAAUCAUAAUAGGCAGAGGUCAGGUGAUCAGACAAAGAGAACAAACAGGACAGGGCAAAGAGAAGAGGUCGAAACAGAAUAAACAGACACGGUAUAAAAGCUUGGUAUAGACAGAGACACUAGGCAACUGAGUGUAUACUUUACAAAUUGAUGAGUGAAAGAGAGUCUCUUAAAAGGAGUAGUAUGAGUGUGUGUGUGAUUGGAGAAAGGUGUCUCUGAUUAGGACUCCGUGGAUGGUGAACGUGUCCAUGUGGGAAAUAUAGUUGUCAUCUGCCAUGCUUGUAGUUUCUUGCCAUGUUUUUGGAUUUCUUGAGUUAAUACUGAUGUCUGGUGAAAAUUUCAUGUGAAUAACCUAAUUGGAAACAUAUUUACCAAUGCUUAUUUCCCCAACUGCAAAUACUAAAUCAUUGUAAGUGUGAUAUUUAAUGUUUGCUCCAAGUGGCUUUUCCUGUCAUAUAUUACAUAGAGUAAUCAUUACUGCUGUAUGGACCAAUAGCUACAUCACCUGUAACGUACUCUUGUGUUUUUAAAGCUCGUCUGAAUACUAAGAUUAAUUUGAUUGCUUGUUCUGCUCAAGCUGGGUGUGCAAGUUGUCUGACCUGAGACUUGACAGCAAGUGAUUAAGGAGCAUCAAAUACAAAUCAAAUACUGCAUUCUUUGAUCCAGUGUGCGCUCACUAGCUGCCUGUCUGGUCUUUAAGUUGUACCGCCAGCUGACUGCUGAGAACAAGGUUCAGUCAUAAACUAUGGCAUCACUAGUGAAAAAAAGGCUCCGUUUUGUCACCUGGAACACACGUGGCAUUAAAAGCCCACCCCAAAAGUUUUCAGAUUUGUUGAGCAGCCUCAUUUCCCUGAAGGCUGAUAUUGCCUUCAUACAAGAGACACAUGUUGGGCCAACAUGUUACCAAAUCUUGGAGAAUGUUGAAAAUUGGAAUGUCUAUUUCACUGUACACAGCCCUCGCAGUAAAGGAGUGGCAAUACUGAUCAGCUAUGAUGUACCAUUUGAGUACAUUUGCCAUGAUGAGGAUUGCAGUGGAGGUUACAUUGUACUCUUCUGUCGUCUGUAUGGUGAACUGUACACUCUUGUUAAUGUGUACAAUCAUAAGGCAGACAAAAAUGUCUUGGCUAGAUUGAAAGACUAUCUGAGGGAAACAGCUGAGGGUGUGCUAGUGGUUGGAGGUGAUUUCAACACUGUUUUGGAUCCCAGCUUUGAUCGGUUAUCUUCAGCUGUUCUCACAAAGCAGUCUUCACUAAGAGCUAUUUUAGAAGACUUUACUAUUUCUUUGAAUCUCAGAGACACCUGGUCAUACCUUCACUCUGUUGAUGGAGGCUUUACACGACGUCAGAAUGAGAGUCACUCCAGGUUGGACAUGUUUUUCAUGUGCAACGAUGCAAUGGGACGUGUGUGUAGUAGCAAAAUACAGAGCAAUGAAAUUUCAGAUCACAAGCCUCUUGUCCUAGAACUCAAAGUGCAGCAACAGACUGGAAAUAUAAUUCCAAAGGUAGCCUUGUUUUUGAGGGAAACUAGAGUUGAUGAAGAACCCGACAGGAGAUCAGGGAAGAUCAAUGGGGCAGAAAUACUGAGUUCCAUCAAGUCUUUGAUUGACUCCAAUCAAAGACUUGCUACAAUGGAUGUGGAUUACUACAAAAAGUUUUGUUGUCAGUUGACUGAGACCUUAAAGAGAAAGUAUAACCUCAUGUUAAAGAAUAAGCAGGUACCUGAAGCUUAUUAUUCAGGAGAUAUUUUCAAUGUUGACUGUUUGAUAUUUUCAGAAAUAUUGGCCAAGCGCCUUAGUGUGCUCAUUACUCCAUCUCUGAAGAGAGAGAAGAAAGCAAAGUUUGAUAUUCUUCUUACCAUGACCUUCGAGCCAGGCCCACAGGAAAUUAGGUGGUCCUUCCUGGAACAAACCCUCAGGAGACUAAAACAGAUACAAUCUGUCCCUCCACUAGACUUCAGCAUUCUGGACUGCCUUCUUCCUAAAGUCCAAAACUUUUCAGGAGAACUCAGACGUCUGCGUCCUGGUAUUCCCCUCACCAACGCUAUCCUCAAUCUAGCUCUGACACAGCUAGAAGAUCUGAUUCUCAGGAGUGAGACAGAGUGCAGGACCAGUGUUUCCUUUCACAGACAGGCACUGCUCAUACAUGCAGACCAGAGCAAACGGGGAAAAGUUGUUAGGGUACUAGAGAAAUUCCAGGACGACUCAGGAAUUAGGCUUACAGAAUGCCACAUAAUAGAUUGAAGUGAUUAAAGCACAAGUGUAGAAAACUAGACACAAUCAGAAGGAAAGGGUGAUCAGGAGCUGGAACUUAUUAAAUGCUUUACACAUUAUUAUUAUUAUUAUUAUUAUUAUUAUUAUUAUUAUUAUUAUUAUUAGUAGUAGUAGUAGUAGUAGUAGAAGUAAUGUUAUUAUUAUUUUACUAUAUUACCACAGUUUAAUUUUACACUAUACUUAUAUAUCAUGCAGAUUAUAAAAGACUUUAUUGUUGUACAGAUUUAGAGACUGGGAUGCAAGCACAAAUGUUUUUGUUUAAUACUGGGCAUAAUGCACAGCUUGCUAAUACUUGUGGGGAUGCUUGCCAAGUUUUCAAAACUAUACAGAAAGAUGUGAAACUCAUCCCAAAAUGUUCAGGCAUAGGACUAGGUACAAGUAUUCUCCUUCUUUUUCUUGGUCUUUUUCAGGAAAAACAGUUAACAGUGGUCCACGUUUAUGAUUUCAGUAUCUAUCUUCAAUACAGAACAUAUGCGGAACUUGGCAACAAUGUUCAUGGAACUUUAGAAAAGAGCUACUUCAUUUUUUUUUACUAAUGGGAAGUUGAUUUUAGUUGAAUGCCUGAACUCCAAAAUAUAAUUAUAUUUCUAGCAUAUUUCUAUUUUAAAAAAAAAAAUCAUUCAUUGAACUGUUGCUCCUUAUACUGUAGCUCACACACCAUGCACAGUGCACAGAGAUGCACAUCUCUCUCAACAGAAUUAAUAAUUUAAUAUUGUAUUAAAAAUUUAUUUUAUAUAAUAUGUAAAAUAUUCUAAAACUUGUACAUUAAUUGUGCAUGUUUUUGUUGUUCUUAAAUAAUCGUUAUCCAAAUUUAUUGAAAGAAAUUGUUUUCAUAAAUUCAUACGGUCAUUAUAAUGAAAUGCUUUGAAAAGAAUCCAAACAAUUUUGACUUAAGCAGCACUGUAAGGGUAUUCAAGUUUUAUAGUAGGUUCUCACAUUUCCAGCAAACUCUUCUGAUUUUUCUGCAAUACAACAAACCCAAAAAUGGCAUUGGGAGACAAUCCAAAUAUAGCCUCUGGAUGGGACAUCAGUUCAUCAUAGAGUACCACGCAGACAUACUUUUACAGGCUCAUUCAUACCUAGAGACAAUUUAGAAUAGCCUCCUGGCAAUGUGAGGACACCAGAGAACCCAGAAAAAAACCCAUGUGGAAACAGGGAGAACAUGCACAUGAGAAACUCCACACAGACAGUAACCUGAGCUCAGGAUUGAAUCAUGGACUGUGAAGAUGUAAAGAGGAAAUGCUGUGUGCUGAGUCACUUGUUUUAUGCCUUUCGUUAUUAUUUUGUUCAAUACUGUAUUUUUUGGAAUGUGGGAAAUUCUGUAGUAAUCACAUGCUUCAUGCAUAUUUGGGUAUUUGCCUUUUAUUUUUUGGGAUUAAAUGAUAGUCAUUUGGAAUGCAUUUCAUUUCAUAAAAUCUUGGGUCCAUCUGUUGGCCGUUUCAGGAAUGACCACAUACUGUAUAAGGGCCCACUGGUACCACAGUUAGUCAUUAAAGUCCGGCAUCAAGUUCUGGCAUCUCUAGAUCCAGAAUUAAAACAGAUUCAGAAAAUUAUCAAGGGUUUUAGACGCUGUCUACAGUUACUUAUACUGAGAGUCACUUCAUGAGCUCACAUUACUGGAUUCAACUCUAUUCUAUAAGGACAUAUACUUGUAUCUAUUAACAGCAACAAGUAUAAAUGGUAGCAAUUUGACAGUAAUAGUAGAUUUGGUGAUCAUGAUAUAUACAUAAACUGUGGGUUUUUUGUUUAGUUUUUUGGUUUUGUUUUUAGCCCUUGUUUAGUCUAGUAGUAUUUAUUUUUACAUUUAAAUUACAUAUACAUUAUAUACAGUACAUUCAAAUUAUUUUUUUUUGUUAGUAAGAUGUAUUUUGUUGGAUUUACUGACUCACACUGGAUGAGAUAUCUCAUUCACCUCCCACAUGAUAUAUUAAUCUUUAAAAUUCUCCAUCAAAUUAGAUUAGAUUCACCAUUAAACGAGCUAUAUAGUAAGGUUUUAUACAUUAGUUAGUUUGUUAGCUAGCUAAUUAAGAUUUGCAAUUUUUCUUGUUGAAUUAGCUAGCUAGUUCUUUUUUUCAUUUUUAUUGUGGCUUAGCAUUCAUUUCAAAAGAGUUAUUAAACAAAGGUAGUUUUUUUUCUGAUAACUAAUUUCUUAGUGAACCAGCUUAAUGCUUAAUUAAUCAGGUGUGAUGAACUUUUGGUCAGCUCUUUUAAUCAGUUAAAUACGUAUUACUCUUUAGACAUUUGAUUUUAACUCAGUGGAUGUUUACCUUUAUACAGUACUCCGUGAGUAAGGGUUGGGUCCAAGGGUUGGAAUGAUAUUAAAACAAGACAUGACAGGCACAAGGACUGAGUAAAUGGGCUUACUCCAGUAGUUCUGGAGGAAACUGCACUGGCAGUUCAGAAUGUAAAUGUAAUGAUGUGUAAAACUUGAAUGUAAAACUAUGAUAAUAAAAAUAUUUGUAAAUAUUGAUAUAAUGUGUUUGUAACAUUAAACACUAGAUCAGUAGCUCUGUAAUCUCUAGUUACAGUAUAUACAAUAUGUGCAGUUGUAAAAUUGUGUUAACAAAUGUGUGUAAGGCAUGAAUUCAAUAGUUAUAGAUUUAUUUGCAGUACCUAUAAUAAAAUAAAGGCUGAUCUAAAUAUUUUCAAUCUA